AUGUUAGAAAUUCCUAAAGGUUCAGAUACUUUUUCAUACCACUGUACCACCAAUCAAAUUGGUAUCAAGAGCUAAAAAAUGAUAUCUGUGCAAAACUAGUAUAUUUGUCACUUUUAAAGUCUGUUAGCAUGUCAACCACAUCUCACCUGGAUAUGUGUUGAAAAGGCAGAUCGUCUUGGUGAUACAGCGUUGAACCCCAACAUGUGUGAACUUGCACUUUCAUUCGCACACAUACGUCCUUCACUUCUUUCUCUACUGUCAGCUCCUCGGAAGUUACCUAUCGUGAAAAUUAUGAGAAUACGACGAUAAUGGAGGACAUUUGAGGGCAUGAACUAACCUCUUGGUGGAACGCGACAGCGCUGACCGACCCAAGUUGCUUAAUAAGGUCGGCGACAACGUCUUCUGGCUUGCCUCGUCUUAUUACCAGGUUGCUGUCUCAGACAUAGAAAGCCUUAUCAGUAGAGUUAGAUACUAUAUUAUCGGCUAGCUGAUAAUAUCAGCUGAUAAAAGCAUUUUAAAAUUGUAUCGGAUAAUAGUGACAUUGGUUUUUCAUUAUCUGUUUUCGGCCAAUAUGCAUAUGGCAGUGGUGUCAUGUCCACUCAUUGCCUGCCUGUGUUUCUGGUGUUCCAGCACUGUCUGCUGACGUAAUCAUAUGUGGACGCGAGCUCAUUACGCAUAGAAAUAGCUAAAUAGAUUAUCUAACGUCUGCAGCUGGUGUACAAUAGCAGUUCUUGCCAUCUCACCACAUUGUUUGUGCCUUAUACGAGCAUCGCUUGUAAGUUAUAUUCUUCCCAGAGGUUGCGCUAGACAUUUUCGUUGUCUGUCAUUUUGACUGACAGGGUCAUAAAAAUCCAGUCAUAAUCUAUUUUUACCCGUCACUUAAAUUUUUUAAAUGAUAAUGAUGACAUAUUCAAUAGUAUUUAGUUUUCAUUCAUUUUUAAUUAAUAUUGUAACGCUUGCUUGGCGGCGAAAAAUUAGACACGGAAGUCGUGGUAUUUUUCUCCCUCUUUUUACUCUGCUUACCGCCAACACCGCCAACAAAACAACAACUCCGCCCCCAAAGAAAAAGAGGCAACUAUAUAGACCCCAAUCACCAACGUCACACAAUGAUCUUAAUUGUGGUUGUCAGCCCAAAAUCUUCUAAAUAUAUAUUAAAUGCAUCUUACCAGAUAUAAAACGACUACUAAAUAGUCUGUGGUGAUCGUUUGGUGCCCAGAUUUCUUGUCGAAUUUCAGCAGUCCAUCUCGCUCUCCUCUUUGGGUCUUUCAGAAUACGGUAGAACUUCAAGUCUCUCCGUCUAUCUUCUCUGUUACUGCAACCAACCGCCACACACGCCUUCACCAUUUUGAUUAUUAAUGUUAACGAGCAGAAAAACAUGCCGUAAUAGGAGACAUGUACGUAGCGGUAAUAUGUAAACACGACGAGCUGACACACAAUAUGGCGGCUCCGGUCAGGGGAGGCGGAGUUGUGACGUCAUGUGAUUGGGGUCUAUAUACAGGCGGCAAUCUAGUCCACCAGUUGGAUGACGCGCUGGAACACCGGGUGCACCAAUAAGAACCUCGCGUUGAUGUGUCAAUCACGUUGCCGCCGCCAGACCCCGGUGACGCUACAAUAUUCUGACAGAAUAGCCAACGACGUCAUGCAUUAAGAGAGACAAUAGCUAAUUAAUAUGCUCACUCGCCACCCUGUGGUCUGGGGUGUGAAUUGCAACCUGUCAAAAUGACGGACGGACUUCAGUUUUUUCCGUCACCGUUUUAAAAAACCGGUCAACGACGGAAAAUAUUCGGUUAACGCGACCCCUGAUUCUUCCUUUGUUUUAUAUUCAUGAGCGCUGUGUAGUAAAUUGGAGAUGUGUAUAUUUUGUCUUGUUUGCAUUUGUGGUGAAAUGUGGUUACUUAUUGCUUGCAAGCUGUACUACUAGUUGCUAUUCAAAUUGACACGUGGUGUAUACUUUGCUUUAGUUCUGACUUUAUUUCAUAUAAUAUUGAGACAAUGUUUUGUUUAGUUUUACAAAAAAGUAUCAGUGCUCUUGUCAAGAGAAAGAUGACCACAGUAAAGCCAAUUCAGCUUUACUCCAGCAUUUGACUUCUCUUUAGAGCCCGAUUUGUUUGCUAUCUGUCGAUUUGUGUACCCACACACACAUUGAGGAUAGAAUAAGUGCCUAAUUAGCGCUUGGCACUUGAUCCAAAAAACUGAUGUUUGCAAUAAAGGCACUUUUCCCCAAUACUUCAGUUCUUCACAGAAUGUUUAUUUGGAAAACAUUUAAGUCGUUACCAGAGAUGGGUAGAGUAGCCAAAAAUGUUACUCAAGUAAGAGUAGCGUUUAAAUAAUAUUACUCAAGUAAAGUAAAAGAAGUCAUCAAAAAAUAUGUACUCAAGUACGAGUAAAAAAGUAUAUGGUGAAAAGAACUCAAGUAGUGAGUAACAUUGUGAGUAACAGCUUACGAUGUUUGAUUUUUCUUUUCUUUUUUGUUUUUAAUACUGUUUCUUGUACUUUUUUUCUGUACACCCACACUCAUUACAUACUCACAUUAAGCCAAAGAAAUACAAAAUAAUAAUUAUAAUAAUUGAAUUCCAGCAAGAGAGAGAAAAUUACAGAAAUGUAGCAUCCUUCGUCCAAAGAGCAUGAGUGCCCUCUAGUGGAGAAAAAAGGUCACAUUUUGAAUAGUUCCUUUGUAUGGAAUUCAUCUGUAUCACGUGCGAUUGUUGAUUCAUCAUUUAUAUGGAGAGAAAAUCCUUUUCACAACUGCUUAGAGAAGCAGCUGACAGGCUGGAUGAGUCGCCUCAGCCAACUACCCCAUCACCAAGACAAUCAAAUAUAAUGGCGUUGAUAACUAACCCUUUCCUGUUUGGAAAGCCCUUCCCAACGCCAUUUGAUUGAUCGAACAGUCCAUUUGGUAAAAGCAAAGACAAUGACAAGCGAAAUAGAAAAGGCAAAGAAAAUAAUUGCCAUUGUUUUUUCCAUUCGUCUUUUUCAAUGGAAAAAAGUAAAAGUCAAUGACAAAAUUUACUUUUACAUUUUCAUUUAUUUAUUCGUUCGUUUAUUUCUCUUUAUAUUUACUUAUUUAUUCAUUCAUUAUUUUUUUAAAUUUUGGCACUCCUGUGAUUGUAUACCUUCAUAGUUCCUAUUAUGAAAUUUAACAGAUCAGAUCUCUGUUUUUCCGUGGUCAAUCGGUGCCAAAUUAAAACUGGGAAAGAGGAUAAAAUCUCCGCUCUCGAAUAAUGUUGAGGUCAAUGCCUGAUGUCAAAUACAUAAUUUCUUACGGUGCUUUAUAGGCGCCACGUGAUUGAACAGGCCGAUGUUAUCACAGAACAGCAAGCUUGAGCCUGAUUGGUGUAAUGGAGUUAUGUGAUUAUUGUUGCGACGUCUCAUUGGUGAAACUGGUAGAGGUAUUGUUUGCAUCGCUGGCAAAAAAAAAGUCAAAUCUAAUAUGUGGAUUAAAGAGGAAAAAUGUAACGACUAGUGUAGCCCAAAGUAGCGAAGUAAGAGUAAUGUUUCUUCUUCAUAAAUCUACUCAGGUAAAAGUCAAAAGUAAAAGUUACUCCAGUAAAUGUAACAGAGUAAAUAACACGUUACUACCCAUCUCUGGUUGUUAUAUUUAUCAUUAUUAAAGCAUCCAGUAGGGCACCACAUUACAAUUAGCAUAUAUCGGUAUCGGUUUGAUAACGGUAUCGGAUAUUUGGAGUUGGACAAGAUCGGGAUAUCGGUUAAAAUGUCAUUAUCGGACAACUCUACUUUUUAUUUAUUGGCUUACAAGUACGUCACAGAAAGUUUAAUUGGGCCAAUUUGAAUCAUCAAAAAUGCAUAUACAGUACAGCAGACUAAGGUGAAAUCACCUGCCCUUGUUCACCAGCGUGUUCCUAAGGUCUCGAAUGCUUUCCAACAGGAAGCGCAGGCGAAAAGGUCCCGUCUUUGGCAGGUUGUACUUGUACGUUUCCACGUAAUGUCUGGGAUCGAAGCAGUACAGCGGUACUAUGUGAUCCGCGUGCUUUUGAGCAAAGUGGAAGACCUACACAGAGGAUAGAAAAUGCUAAUCUACAAAUUAUGUUUCAUACAUUCAUGAGGGAAGCUGACUUUUAGGGGUCCACAUUUUUUCAGUUUCGUGUGAAUUUUUUUUUAGGUUCGUGUGGGGGAAAAAAAUUGUGUCGUGUGAAAAUGUAUUGACAGGUGGUGUUGGGUUUAGGGUUACAGUUUGGGGUUAGGUUAGGUCGACAGUUAGGGAAAUCUAAAAGUAGGGACCACUAAAAGUAAGCUUUACCCAUUCAUGGGGCAAAUAGUCAUAAUUUCUUCCAGUAACUAAAAAGUUGUCUAUUUGUAAAGCAGUGUCACUUCAAUAUACAUUCUGAACACAACGUACUGAAAAAGAAAUGACUGACAGACCCCACCCAGUCACUGGCAGUCAGUGCUCUCUGCUAACCAUGCAUACCAACACCCGCACCCAUCGUUCCAGCAUUUUUAACAAACGUUUUUUAAGUAACGUCAGUACUACUUUGGAUCAAUUAGUUUAUUAUAAUAAUUAUUAUGAAUAUAUCUCUUUGUUUUUAUUUUUGCUUGGUUUUAUAAUGUUUUCAGCAGCUAGAUUAGCAUAAGAAGCGCUCUUUUCAAUGAUCUAUCUUGAUCAUUUUAGACUAGGAGAGGGAAAUUUUUUCACUAAGGAAAAAGAAAAUUAAAUCCGUCUUUACGAGGAAAAGACGUGAAGCUCGUCAACAAGACAACCUUCCAAACGUAUAAAAGUUAAGUUUUGCAUGGUUAAUAGUUCUAAUGCUUGCUUCUAUUCUGUGACUGAUUUGCAGUCCAUCUACAUAGCUUAAACUGUUUAUUGUGAAAGUCCAUGCCGGAAAUUCGAAGUGCUAGCAAACAAGCUAAUUUGAACGAAACAACCUUGAAAACACAGCGUAGUGACAACAAAAUAGUCUCCAAAAUUUUCUCUAAACGCACCUACAUAAACCUCAUAGUAAUGAGUGCUUAAAAUGUUAUCUCAUGUUUUUAACAAAUUGAAAACAUAAGCAGGCAUUCUUACCUCAUUGUCGUGGAUUCGUAAAUCGUUUCUUAAUAAGCAUAUUAUGGUGCGAGAAGUUGACAUGACUGUACGUCGGUACGAAUUCGGACCACAACAAGAACCGACACUAUAAAACAAGCACAGCGGUAAACUACGCUGCUCGGUCCCCGGUCUGACGCUCCCUCACCCGGCCACGCUCCGGUUCAGUACUCGGUCACGUAACCAGCACGCGUUUGCAUAACAACACUUUCGUAAGGUGUUUUAAAACAUUUCUAAAAACGAAAUUAAUUAAUGAUAAUCAUCAUAAAAUAUCCAGAGAGAUAAAACUCACAUGAUAAUCUGAUUUGGAACCUUUAAUAAUGUUAUUUAUUUCAAAUCCAGAAUUAAUUUGCAGUCUGGGUAAAGUUUUUAAUAUUUUUAUCAUUCAAUGUCAUUUACAGAGACAGACUUCAAAUCAAUUUCAACUGGCUUUGAGGAAUCAUAUUUUACUGCUAUUGAUGGCGACAAACCUCCAAUCGUAUUUAAAGCAACACUUGGUAACUUUUCAGUGUUGGUUGAUUUUAGCGACGCCGGUGGACAAAAGCGGUAGUGUUUUGCCUUAAGGAAGACUGCGUUUCCCAUGAAGACCAGCGCACACCCGCAUAGUGGCACAAUAUCAUGCUGGUCACUUGUAGAUGGCUUAAACAACAUUUGUGUUUCCAGCGGCUGUGUAAAGGAUGAAAAGUAAUAAUGGAAUGAAUCCAGUUGUGGCUAAAUAGUAGCAUAUGAUGGUUAGCAACUGUGUUGCUUAGUGUGGCUAACCCCCCCACUCCACCCGAACUUGUCAACGCUGAUGAGUUCAGAUUUUGGGACGCCACCGAGUGAAAGCCUGGCCAAUAUUAUUCGGUAUACCCUGGUAGCCUAACUGUCUUUUUCCUCCUCAGAUAAAAGUUUUUGUCUCUUUUGUUGCUCUGCCAUCUUUGCAGAAUUCACGCGAAAGCGUAAGGAUCGAAUACCCUCUAUGUAAUGAAUGGGGAAAGGGGGAAGUGACAUAUGCCAUACAGCAGCACAUUUUUAUUUUUUUUGUGUGGCAGGGUUCCUGGCACCCCUCCUCAAAGUUAACUAGUGCCGGUGAAAGCAAUACAGACCCCCUCAGGCCAUAACAGAGGUAUCAUUAAACUAGUUGUCAGUCGACAUAUCAUCAUAAAUGUUAUGAAAAUAUUUUGUUAAGGUUGAAAAGUUACCUAGUGUUGCUUUAACUGGGGACUGGCAGCGAUCAUUCCCAGUUAAAAUGGAUUGGACUUCUAUCACCGUCAAUGGCAGUCAGUUAAUAUUUGCUUGGGGGGCACUAUUUGUAGUAUUGUAACGGUCACCUUGCAUACAAUUCAAAAUUUUCCCUCUGUUUCAUGCUUAAGAGAGGUCAAAAUUAGUGUAAACAUUAAAGUGUCUGUGACAUAAAAAAAAAAAAAAACAUGUUUAUUUCGUAUUACGCGGUAUUUAGAUAUUUAAUUUUUUGAAUCCCUUGCUACGAAAAUGAGACACUUCCGGCCACGAUCUGGAUUGAGGAAGAAUGAGAAUGUGACAUGAGCGGACUAACCAUCUUCAAAAUACAGUCAUUAGUUAUGCAGAAAGACUGCGGAUUCAGCUGAUUUUGCGGAUUAAUUCGUUUAUUUUUUGCGUCACGCCAACCCAAUGUGCAGCAGGCUUUUAUUUGCUACACCAGGGAGAGUGGUGGGAGGCUUUUUGGAUAUCCAAAAGAUCCUUGUUGUCCUUGCGGCUUGUCACACACCAUGUCGCCGGCCAAUAAAAGCGUGCCCACCAAUAUAGCGCUUUCCUCGGGUUGGGCCCGGGGAGCCCCCCGCGAUCGUCUCCGGUUCUCGAUUGUGUCCAGACUUCCAGCCCCCUCGGUCCUCUUCACGUGCCUGUCUAGAGAGCGCUAAACUCGGCUUGGGCUCGGGCAGCCAAGCGCUCCAACUUCGGCCGGUUUGUCCACAGAGAAUGUGUCAUUUGCGGCGUUCUUUUCCCUUUGCGUCCCCGGCGACGAGCACUGCCUGCCUGCUGGGGCCACAGAAGGACAACAAGCAGAAAUUUGCUCGCUGCCAGGAGCUGGCUGAUCGGUGAAGACUAUCAACCCCGCCGCUGUGUGUGACAUGAGUCGGGGUAGUUUUGUGUGAUUUUUCGUUUUCGAAAGGCAAGAAAGUGACAUGGAAGAGCCGCUCGGUUCGGGUUAGCGUGUAGCAUAGCUCUCCAACACACUCUUUUGUUUACACUUUUUCCUUGUCUCAGGUCCCUGCAGGAAAAUGACAAAAGCCGGACUAACUCCGGUGGCAUAAAAUACCGUUCGGGUGGUUCAAGAAGUAAGCAGUUUUGACCAUUAUGCGUUAAUUUAUCCCUGUCAUAUUGAAUAAAUGCAUUUUUAAUAUUUCUUAUUUUAUUUAGCAGAAGACUUAUUUGUCAUGAUUACACAAUUUAUUUAGCAAUUGGGGGAAAAUACUUAGAUAAGAAGAAUAUCCUGUAAAAAUAUUGGCGUAGAUAGAUUGAAACAAUGACAUUUUGCUGCUCUCUGUCGCAUUUUCCUAAUUCUGAAUCUUCCCCCUCAAUGGGCUGAAUUUCUAAAUCAGCUAAAAUCGUUACUCUGCCGAUGUCAUCACCCAAAUGGAGGCGCUAGAGUGCUAUAAUAACAGGUGGGGCUAAACAGCAGAAGACUCAUUUUUCCGUCAUCUGAGCUUUGCCAAAUUGUUGUAUGUAGUCGAAUUGUCCCAAAAUCUGAUUUUAAUUCACAUAAUAAUGCUAUUUAAGAUUUUUUUUAUGUGUCACAGCACUUUAAUUAAUUUAUCAGUCAGGCAGCCACAUAUGAAUGACAAUUCAGCUGUUGCCAAGGAACGCAGAAAAUAUCAGUAAAAAAGCUUGAAAAAGAAAUUUCUGCACAUUUUAAUGCAAAUUGUUUUGCAAGCUGAUAAAAUAACAAUUCAUGAAAAAUAGUGUAUAUUGUUCGUUACCCUUGUGAUGGAUUGGCGCUAUUUACAAAGCUAACUGACCUAACUUGACCCCUUCAAAGUGGAAUUUUGUGACAUUUUUGUUUGAUUGCUACGUCAGUUAUAGAAGGGCUUAGUGCCAAUUGGAUUUUGUCCCCACAUGUUAAUACAUUACAGUUUUAACUCUUACAAAAAAACUAAAUUGAAGGAGGGUGUCAAUGGGUUUUCUUUUCUUGCAUGGUACUGCAGAUUUGCAUGAUAAAAAAGACACUUUAGUUUAAUUAUUAACAUUGGGAUGAAAAAUAUUUUCCUCUGCAUGUUUUGUGCCCUCCAGCGAGCUCUUCACCAUGAGCACCUUCGCAGUCAUCCUCAAGGAGAUCGGCGAAUUCGGUGUGUUCCAGAAGCGCCUGGUAGCGACCUUGUGCGUCCCGAGUGUUUUCAUCGCCUUCGACACUAUCGGCCACGUAUUCACGGGCCUUGACUUCCCGAACUACUGCGACACUGACUGGAUCUUGCAUCGGGUGGAUGCUAACUUGACUCUGGAGAGGCAGAAGGAGCUCACCAUCCCCAAAAAUCCAGAUGGAAGUUUCCAGAGUUGCCGCAUGUUCACGCCGGUCGACUCAGACCUGGAGACCAUCGAGAUGUACGGCCUAAACUCCACCACGAAUUGCCUCAAUGGAUCCCAGUUUGAGUUGCCAAGUGGGGCGUCCAGCAUUGUGACAGAGUUUAAUCUGGUGUGUGACAGAAGCACCUUGAUUGAGGUGUCUCAGUCUAUUUACAUGGCCGGACUUCUGAUUGGAGCUCUUGUGUCGGGCUCAAUGGCUGAUAGGUUCGGUCGCCGCUUAGUGGUCCUCCUCGCCCAUCUUCUUCUGCUCUUGUUUGCCGUCGCUGUCGCUUUCUCUCCCAACGUCUACGUUUACAUUGUUCUCAAGUUUCUGUGUGGAGUGUCUGUAGCGGGAAUCCUCGCCAACGCAUUUGUCAUAGGUGGCGAGUGGUGCGAAUCUUCAAAGUUUGCCUUCUGCACCAUCGUCAGUCACAGUUUUUAUCCCAUCGGUCUCGUGCUGUUGGCCGGUCUCGCCUAUUUGAUCCGGGAUUGGAGGAUCCUCCAACUGGCCCUCUACUGCCCCCUUCUUCUUGUCCUGGCCAUAUUUUACUGGAUUCUUCCAGAAUCUGCUCGCUGGCUCAUGACUCAAGGCAGAAAGGAGGAAGCCGUGAAGGAGGUGCGAAGAGCAGCAAAAGUCAACGGGAGGGAGGUGUCGCAAGAUCUACUUGACAAGAUGGAGGUGGAUCAGACGCCCAACAGAGGCAGCCUAUUGGACAUCUUUAGGAUUUCCUAUUUGAGAAAACGAGCACUAAUCAUGGGCUACCUUUGGUUUGGAAUCAGCAUGAUGUACUAUGGCCUAAGCCUGAACGUAGGCAACUUUGGGUUGAACAUCUACCUCACGCAGUUGAUCUUUGGCUUGGUGGAACUUCCCGCACGUUUGGGUGCUUUACCACUAAUCGGGCGCUUCGGAAGGAAACGAUGCGAGACCUUUUUGUUAUUGUCCGGAGGGCUCGCUUGCCUCUGCAUCAUCGCUGUGCCUAAAGACCUUCCUGUUGUUUCAACGGUAAUCGCUGUACUUGGGAAAUUUACAUCGACUAGCUGUUUCAUCAUCUUGUAUGUGUACACAGCGGAACUGUACCCCACGACGCUAAGGCAGAGCGGCGUCGGUCUGAGUUCCGUGUGCGCACGUGUGGGAGGAAUUCUAUCUCCCCUGAUAAGGCUCCUGGCCGUCCACCAUGACGCAAUCCCCAUGUUGGUGUAUGGCCUCAUACCUGCGAGUGGGGCAGGCCUCUGUCUGCUGCUGCCGGAGACCCUCAACGCAGAACUUCAGGACCACGCUGAGCAAAGGAGGAUUAGCAGUGGUUACCAAGACGAAGAAAAACGAGGCGAAAGCACAGCUUUGUAGUUGAUAUGGAAGAUUAAUGUCAUUUUCGGACGAUAAACCGCAACUUUUUUCCCUCUUUUCCUGCGGCUUACAGUCCAGUGCAGCUUAUUUUUUGAUUGAUUGGAUUAAUAGGUAACACUUUUUUUUGACAGGGGUGUCAUAAGACUGCCAUAAGACUGUCAUAAUUAUGACAUGACACUAUCAUGGGCAAUUAUGAAUGCAUAUGACAGAUGUCAUUAAGUGUCAUCCGGCAAAUUAUGUCUAACUCCAUUUAUGUCCAGCUCGGAUCUUUUGCAUCCAUUGAUAAGUGAGAUCAUUUGCCAGAUGACACAAAAUGAUAUGUCAUCAGCAUUUAUUAAUGCUCAUGACAGUGUCAUGUCAUAAUUAUGAUGGUCUUAUGAUAGUCUUAUGGCGCCACUGUCAAAUAAAGUGUUACCAAAUACCCUAAAUAGAAAUUAUGAAACAAUUGGAAAAGUAACUGAAGAAAUAAUGAGGUCAGACAAUGAAUUUUGAUUAACAUUUGAAGUGCUGGAAUGCAUGCUACGAGGCAUAUUGGACAACAACAGUGUUGACAGCAGGUGGCAGAACAGGUUGACUGUCAAUAGCAGCAUAUCAACUUGUAUUAAAGACCAAAUGUGAAGUAAUUUCUUAAAAUGCCAAAUAGGGUUACAAUUAAAGUAAUUAAACAUUGUCCAACCAAUGAAAAAAUAAUUUAUAUGUUGUAUAUUUGACAAAAUAAUCAUGUUUCCGAAGUUCGAGCCUGAAAGGGGACGAACUCGGAAGUGAUACGUCACACCGAGAACAGCGAUGGGCAGCGCUCCAAACGGCCGUCAUACAAAGCCCUUCAAACAAUGAUUCAAACAGCGAUAUAAGCGGUAGAUCGAGCGCAAGUGAGGAGAUCCAAGUUUUUGAAGAGUUGGAGGAAGAGGAGGAGGUUGGAAUUUUAUGUUGGACCGUACAUGUAUUAGCCAGAUGCUAAUCAGGAUGCAAACAAUGUGCCAGGCAUGAAAAUCUCUCACCUUUUGGCGAAAUUCGCCGUUUUGAAGUCAAAAAGGGCGACCUACGUGAAUUGCGUAGAUCCGAGGAGAAAUUCUUUUUGGGAGGGGGGGGGGGGGGUCGGGAGGUUUUAUUUAAUUAUUAUUAUCAUCAUGUGAUUAACUUAGUACGUAAACUGAGCACUUAAGAACACAGCAAAUCCUUCUAGAUGCUUCGCUGACGAGAACCAAUCAUUGGUCCAAGCUGCGUUCCAUUAUUCCAAACGCACGCACUCCUUACAUGGAGUGCUCGGAGAGCCUUUGGUUGCAUUGCAAAGCUGCGGAAAAAAAAGCAGGCCUUAUCCACACCGGGGCAGACCAGAGCGCAGCAUACACACUUGCCUGUAUUUGCCAGCAGAUUGAAUUUGGUGAGUAAUGGUUUCAAUCGUUUUCACAUUUUGCGAUAUAAAAAAGUUACUGCCAUUCGUUGCAGCUUGCGUUGAACACUGCCAGAGGUAGCCAAAUCUCCCAUGAAAAAAAAUAGCUCCCGUUAAAUUGGCGUCAAGCUUGUGUAUAUAGCGGGAAUAUAAACGAAGAAACACACUGUUGAGUCAAAUUAAGCGGCAUGCUCUCGGAUGGAGGGGGCGCCUCACAUCGCUCCCGUCGUCCGCCGGAGAUGCGUUAUUUUCGGCUUGGAUUUGAGCUGUCGGCCGGUGUCGGCACAACACCGGCCCGACGAGUUGUGGGAAUGAGUCCUGCUUCUUAAAGCUUUUCAGAAAUACAGGGAUCCCUCGUUUUUCGCGGUUAAUGGGGACCAGAACUUGCCGCAAUAAAUGAAAACCGCGAAGUAGCGCCCCCCCCAUUUUUUUGUGCGUGUUCAAUGCAUUUAUUCAGAUUUUACAUUGGAAAAAAGAUACGACAUGAUAAGACAUGUUUUUUCACUUUUUUCACCAAAGUAUCAUUUAUAAAUGGUUUUCAAGCACUUCAAAAUGUAAGAAUUAUGGUAAGUUCUAAACAUGUUACUGCCCCACCGAAUUAUUUUUAAACAAGAAUAAAGUAGUAAGAAAAUGCUUGGCUUUAUUAAAUGCUUCAUAGUGAGUCUACUCAAAGCCUCUCAGGCUUUGGUAAACGGUGAUUGACACAUGUGCGAAGUUUUUCUUUUUAUAUAUAUAUUUUUGUUUGAAGCAACUUAUUUGAUUGAAUAAUAAAGACACAAAUGUCCUAGCCAAAAUGUGGCCCAAACGCAAAACAACAUUACUUCAAUGGAAAAAAUUGUUUCAAUCAAGAAAAAUAGUUUUCAAAUGCUUUUUUGUCUCAAAUUUAUUUUUGCAAUCAAAAACAAUUUUUUUUUAUUGAAGUGACUUUUUGGGGAUUAAAAGUAUAUACUGUAUUUUGAUUGAAGCAACUUUGUUUUUGAUAGAAGUAACUUUGUUUUUUGAUUGAAUAAUAAAAACACAAAUCUACCUCCAUCAUUAUUGAGAGAGAAAGAAAUUAAGAAAGCUUUAAAACUAAAAGCCACCGGGGAGUCUGUUUUUUUGUUUUUUUAAAUAUUUAUAUUUCAUUACAUAGACAUGCGUCGUAGGGAAGGGAGAUUGAGGGAUAAAAAAAAGGAGUUAGAUGAGGCUUCUAAAGGCAGUGGAUACCUCAUCAGCUGGGUGAAUAGCAGACCUGGUAAGAACAAGUUUGCAAGGAUAGUCGGGUAUUAAAUACAAUUAUAAACACAAUUACAAUGUUAUUUUUCUAUAAGAUUUUUAUGUCAUUGCUUUAUUAAUCAUUAGGUGCUAGAGUUGUUAAGUAUGGAUAAUAAUGAAAUAAUAGUUUUAAGAAAACUGUGCUGUUGGUGGCUCAGUGACCAUCUGAUGUGGUUUGUUCUCAGAUGAACAAGUUGAGGAAGGAAGUUUUGAUGCAGAGGUUGAAGGAAGAAAAGAGGCAGACUGACUGAGUCACAGCCAGAAAGUGUUGAUGACAGUUUUGAUUUCUAUUCACUGUUGCCCCCCUCCCAAUUAAAGUAUGUCACAGUCGCAGCCAAUUAUUAUCUAAAGCUGGUUAAAAUUGAAGUUAUGUUGUUUUAAGGUGUAUUAAAUACUUGUUCAUGUGCCCCUUUUGAUCUACGAGCACCCGCCCCUCCACCGGUCUCUGCACGGCCCUGCUGAAACACAGUGUGGGUCGACAGAGCUCAAUAUUUUGUUGGGGUGUACAGUGUACUGGAACAUAUUUCCUCCACACCCUUCUCACCUUUUUAACCCCUGACCCAUUUUCAUGCCUGAUGUGCCCAGACUACCUGACAUGGAAUGGAAACAAGACACAUCAAGAUUACUAGCUUGGUAAGAUAUAGACUGUUAUUAUUUUAAUGAUUUGAAGCAUGUCAGGUAAAUAAACCACUUACUAUUGCCUGGGAUAAAUGAAAGGUUUUGACGAAUCCCCGAUUAUGUUGUGGAAGGAACAGUAGAAGCUAGCGACAUUAGCUUUUAUUUACCUGACAUGUUUCGCCGAAACAUGUCAGGUAAGUAAACCACCUACUAUUGCCUGGGAUAAAAGAAAAGUUUUGACGGAUUUAUAAGUGUAGGCAAAAUGAACUCAAUACAACUAUGAUCAGGGAUUGCCACGAGUUAGCUUUCGGCUUCUACUGUUCAUUCCACAACAGUUGGCGGCUCAGCUUUGACAAAGUCAUCAGUCAUCUAUUCAAAAAUCACACUUAUUUUUUUGCAAAUCCUUGUUCAUAAUCAGACCGGUUGAGGAAGCAGGCAUCUUCGAAGUGUUUGUAGCAGAAAAAAACUACUUGAUGAUGGGGUGAAAUUCAUCCGCUUUGUGCGAACGAAAGAUGUCCAUUUAUGUGCCCUGCUAUCCUUUGGCCACUCAUACAACUUUUCUUUAGAUUGAGAACAAUACAUCGCCACACACCACCGUGGCAUCUUACCAAGAAGCAAUACUGUUCUAUGGCGGACUUCCCUCGCAGUUCUCUGUGUGACGUAAUUUCCGAAGAUUGUUGAAGAAAAGCAUUUUCGUUGUCAAGGGCAUUGCUAUGGGUUAAACAAAGAAUCUGGAAGGGUUGCGUAAAAAAAAAAAAAAAUAUAUAUAUAUAUAUAUAUAUAUAUAUACACACGUUUAUAGUUGUUUAGCCAAUGAUAUUAUUCAAAAACAUGGUUGGCCAACCUUACUUCACAUUUGGUCUUUAGGAGUCAAUCCCUCAAGGGUGCAGUGAUGGUCAAAUGAAACUACUUGAAGCAAUGAAGCUUUGCAGCCAAUUGUUUCAAAGCUUGAUGGUGGUUCAUUUGGUCUUAUGACAGUCUUAUGAUGCCGCUGUCAAAUAAAGUGUUGCUGGUUAAUAUCUUUUGGUGUAAAUAUCCCAUCAUACAGUAAGGACAGCAGCAGCUUAUACUCCAGUGCGGCUUAUCUCUGAACAAAUGCAGUUUUUGUGUCAAAUUUGUUGGGUGGUGGCCUAUUGUCAGGUGCGCCUUAUAGUCCAAAAAUUACGGUACAUGCGUUUGGCGUGUUGUCGUGGUGACAGAAGCUCAAGAGUGCAAAACGCCAGAAGAUUUUGUUGAUAUGUUUUUCAGAUAUUUUGAGAAUAAUAAAAAUGUCAGAGAAUCGGUAGUCAGAAAUUACACUGUUUUGUUAAAAGAAGUCUGGUUUUCUGCUGAAUGAACAUUCGAAAGUUAAUAAAAAGUCAAACAUCCAUCCAUUUUUGUGCACACAAAAUACUAAUUUGUGGAUUUAUUUUUAUGUCAAUAAACAUCUUUGAUAUGUGUUCAAGCAAAUGGAGCGCUAUUUUGCGAGAACCGGAAAUACACGAUGUCCUAAGUUUAAGUAGAACUGGAAAAGGUAAGCUCUAUUUGCUUCAACAUGUUUUUUAACAUUACACCUAGUUCCAGGCCACUAAUUAGCAUUUCGUGUUUCCUUCAUAUUUUGUCUGUCAUGUGUAGUGUAUAUAUUUUUCUAAUGUAUAGUUUUACCUCACUCAUGUUUAUGCUGACUUUUAAUUGGUUGCUGCCCAUCAAGUGUGAAAUUAAACAACCAAUUAUAAUAUUGGUUAUCUGCCUAAUUAUGGAAAUGUGUCUGUGAGCUAGCUAUUUUGCACUUCAACCCUACAGUCAUGCAACAGUAGAGCUAAUUUACAUUAUACAGUAACUAGCGUAAUUUUCGGACAGUAAGUGGCUAUUUUUCCCCCUUAAUUUCAAUCCUGGGUCUUAUAGUCCAGUGUUGCUUAUUUGUUGAUUUAUUGGGUUAAUAAGUACCA